GAAUGAGUUAAUCUGACUCUCUUCUUCUCCAAUUAGUUGAUGGAGGCUCAUGCCAGCAGAGAGAAAAUAAUCAAAAGCUGUAUUGCUCAGACUUCAAAUGUAGUAAAAACUCUCCGAGAAGAGAGGGAGAAGGCCCAGGAUGACAUAGUAUUAUUAAAGCAUCUGAGGCAGGAGCAGACAAAGCUGAAGCUGAUGCAGUCUGAACUGAAUGUGGAAGAAGUAGUAAACGACAGAAGCUGGAAGAUAAAGAACCCUUCAAAUAAACUGCCAAGGAAAGAUAAAAACCGGCUUAAAGGUGAAUGUGAGAGAGAGGAGGGCUUCAAAGUACAUCACCUGCAGGUUUCCUAGUCCCACUCAGAUGUGUAAGACUGAAG